UGCUGCAUCAACAUCACACUAGCACAGCGCAAGAAAAUGGCGGGUGCCAUGACCAUGAGUCGCCGCCGUCUCUCCCACGCGCUCCUCCUCGUGCUCGCGAUCCUCCCCAACCUGGCCGCUCUCGCCGUCGCCGCCGGCGGCGGCAGCGGAGGCGGUGGCUUCUUCCCGCACCGGUCCCUCCUCCAGUCCUCCAGCUGCCAGCCGAGCGGCGCCAUCACCGGAACGUCCGGCGACUGCAACGCGGACAACGGCUCCGAGUGCUGCCAGGACGGCGUCCAGUACAUGACGUACGCCUGCUCGCCGCCCGUCGCCGCCGGCGGCACCGGCACCGCGGCCCUCCUCACGCUCAACAGCUUCGCCGACGGCGGGGACGGCGGCGGCGCGCCGUCCUGCACGGGGAGGUUCUACGACGACGGCCAGCUGGUGGUGGCGCUGUCCACGGGGUGGUUCGACGGGAGGAGCCGGUGCGAGAAGGACGUCGUCAUCCGGGCGAGCGGCGGCGCGUCCGUGACGGCCAUGGUCGUCGACGAGUGCGACUCCCAGCGCGGCUGCGACAGCGACCACAACUUCGAGCCGCCGUGCCGGAACAACAUCGUCGACGGGUCGCCGGCGGUGUGGGACGCGCUGGGGCUCAACAAGGACGACGGCGAGGCCCAGAUCACCUGGUCCGAUGCUUGACGACGACGACGACACACGUAGUGACGUAGACGCCAUGUAACACGGCCGUAUAAUUUCCCAUUAAUAAGCUUAUAUAUAUUCCCUAACAGUGAUGUAUCGUAAUUUUUCUUUUGUAAAAUUAAACACCUCUUGAUAUAUCAAGUAAUAAAGAGGGAAUACUAAAUUAUACUAAGAGAA